CGCCCGCAUUGAACCGACACGCACGUAGCUAGCAAACCUACUAGCCAACGCCGACACUGUUUUAUAAGCGCCAUAUCUCUCGAUGUGAGUUUUUUUUCUAGGUUUUAACCCAGCCGAAUUUACAAUGACGUUGAAUUACAGCUGUCAGUGUCACGCGGUGACUGUUAUGCGUUUUAAAUGGUGUUUUAUAGUGAUGAGCGUACAAAAAUGUUGAUUUUACAGUAGGAUAGUCGUCUCAUCAAACCAACAGCUGACAAAACCUUCAGUUCUGACGUGUAUUUUGCUUGUGUCCACAACGUAAACGAGCGAAUGAAUAUAAAUUGUAGACACGUUUAAUAUGUAAUACUUAGGGUUACCUUGUCUGGUUAGUUGAACUGAAUUAACUGUCAGGACUCAAUGAAGCUGUUACUGACUCUGUCCAGCAGGGGGCAAUGUUUCACAAAGGAUGAUCGAGUGGGCUUCACAGCUCAUGCAAACACCAUUAUUUACAUAUUUUUCUAGUGUUCUUAGCAGAUAUUACUAGAUCUAUUAUUGAGGGUUAUAAAGUGUGGAGUUUUUUUAGCGGUGCUAUUUAUGAGUGAAUAGCUACAAUGAGCUGUUUCAGUGGCUCCAGCAGGGGGCGCUCCUGCUGCGAUCGACAUAAAAGUUGAUGAAGACUACAGUAUAGGCAUCUUGCACACACACACUUUAGCAGCACUAACCUUCCAGUGCGUCACGCCGACAGUCCUAAACUAGCAGACUGUUUUGAAGGGAACCACCUUUUAAGAGAAGCAUGUUUUGCACGGAGGUGAUCACCAUGUGUCUGCGGUCUGCCAAGCGCCAGCAGAAGCAGCAAAGCAGCGGACGAGAGCUCAGCAUCCUUCAUGAUAUAUUCCGCCGAGCAGAUAAAAAUGACGAUGGCAAGCUGUCCUUCAAAGAGUUCAACGCUUACUUCGCCGACGGUGUCCUAACGACGGUGCAGCUGCAGGAGCUUUUCUUCUCCAUUGACGGAAGACAGAAUAACAAUCUGGACACUGACAAGCUAUCAGAUUUUUUUUCUCAGCACCUCGGGGAAUAUCUGAAUGUCCUCUCAGCUCUUGAGAAGCUGAACGUGGCCAUUUUAAAGGCCAUGUAUAAAACUAAAGAGGAGUACCAGGACUCAAGUGUUCUAGACCAGUUUAUGACCCGCUUCCUGCUGCGAGAGACGUCCAGUCAGCUCCUGUCCCUGCAGAGGUCGCUGCAGUGCGCCAUGGAGGCCGUGGAUGAGGAGAGCAGACCCUUGAAGGGAGAGGAAAAAACGACAGAGCUGCUGUCGGUGCUCACGAGUGGGCAUCGCUGUGGUUGCGGGCUCCUUGAUAAUGCCCAUUUAAACUGCCAAAACACAAGUAAGGAUGGAGGCGAUUGGAGCUCUCAAACUGCUCGGCUUCAGCAGCUGCUGGAUAAACUGGAGUGUCCAUGUCCAAAGUUGGAGCCUCUGAAGGAGGACACUUCCAACACGAGCACGUCCAACAUCCUCCUGGUGCAGAGGAAGAUGGCUGUGAGUGACGAUGACUUGGACCACUUCAGGAAAGUUCUCAAGAGCUACGUCGAUGCAACGUCGGCCCACUCGGACAACCUGCACAUCUCCGUUCAGAAGCUGCCGAAAAAGUCCUCUUACGUGGUUUACGAGUUCUGGCCAGACCGUGUCUCCUGGAUGAGCUACCUGCAGUCCAACGACAGCAAAGACUUCAAGCGCUGCAUAAUCGACAUGCUGGAGGAUGCUGAGGUGGUAACUACUAUGUAUCUACCAGCUUCCUGGUGGAUCGUGCCUAACAAUUGAACGGGGGGAGCGUCACAGCCACUGUCACACCGACGCUGGCAGUUCACCCACCUGCAUGGACGUACACACACACACACACACACACACACACACACACACACACACACACACACACACAGGGGGGGGGAUUCAAAAGUGUUAGAAGGCUGUGUCGCCGUCUUGCCUGCUCCAGCAGCUCGUUGUUUUCAGCGGCUCAUUACUGCGCUAUUACAUGGUACACAAUGUGUGUGUUUGUGUGUAUCGUUGUGUUUUGUCAUGCCUCCAAACAAGCAAGCAUGAUAAUGAUGAUAAAAAGUUGUUUUAUACAUACCGUAUUUUUCAGAGUAUAAGUCGCACCGGCCGAAAAUGCAUAAUAAAGAAGGAAAAAAACAUAUAUAAGUCGCACUGGAGUAUAAGUCGCAUUUUUGGGGGAAAUGUGUUUGAUAAAAGCCAACACCAAGAAUAGACAUUUGAAAGGCAAUUUAAAAGAAAUAAAGAAUAGUGAACAACAGGCUGAAUAAGUGUACGUUAUAUGAGGCAUAAAUAACCAACUGAGAACGUGCCUGGUAUGUUAACGUAACAUAUUAUGGUAAGAGUCAUUCAAAUAACUAUAACAUAUAGAACAUGCUAUAUGUUUACCAAACAAUCUGUCACUCCUAAUCGCUAAAUCCCAUGAAAUCUUAUACGUCUAGUCUCUUACGUGAAUGAGAUAAAUAAUAUUAUUUGAUGUUUUACGGUAAUAUGUUAAAGGGGAACAUUAUCACAAUUUCAGAAGGGUUAAAACCAUUACAAAUCAGUUCCCAGUGGCUUAUUAUAUUUUUCGAAGUUUUUUUCAAAAUUUUACCCAUCACGCAAUAUCCCUAAAAAAAGCUUCAAAGUGCCUGAUUUUAACCAUCGUUAUAUACACCCGUCCAUUUUCCUGUGACGUCACAUAGUGAAGCCAACACAAACAAACAUGGCGGAAAGAACAGCAAGCUAUAGCGACAUUAGCUCGGAUUCAAACUCGGAUU